UCCUUUGCGUAUCGGGCCCCGUUGCGUGUUUCGCGUCGCGGACGACGUCUUUCCUCGUCUCGUGAUAAUAGCGCGGCGAUUGUGUCGGCGACAACGACGACGGUGGUGCGUUAUACAUACGGCGUGAACGGCUCGCGCGAGCCGGCGGACAGCGCACACACAUUCGCGGACGUUACACACAUAUUCAUUCGCGUACGCGCGCAUCGCGCAAGGGCGCGAAACAGUUUCAGUCCGAUACUUAACGUGGUUCCGCGCGGGAGAUUCACGAUGCGUUCCCGAGGCAGUGUACCGUAAAGAGUUCUCGCGCCGGUGGUAGCGGAUAGCGGGCAAGAAAGCGCGCCAAUCGCGCGUCCGGUGUUCGCGUGGUGCUUCACGCUGCUUCACGCUCGGCGGUUUGUCGCAGAAGAGGAGAGGGAGGCAGAGGAGGAGGAGGAAGCGGUGGUGGAGGAGAAGGUGGUGGUGGACAAGCGAGGGUGAGAGUGUGACGAGGGAGAGAGGAGCGUGGUUGGAGAAAUUGAGGCUAUUGGCAGAGUGUGACAUAUCUUUUUUGCUCCUCUCGUUUGCAUGAAGUUGCCCGCGCGGUUCGGCUUCUCGCGUCAAACCAAACACACGGAGGUUCGCCGCCGGCAGCAGGAACCAGGUAACGAUCCGACUUGGGAGAAAAUCGGAAUCGUAGGCGGGGCCUAAGGUCGGUGGACACGUGACACGGAAACUUGUCCUCCCUUCCACGCGACCGAAAUCCACGCGUUCACGGACGACGCCCCGUCCCCGGGAGACGAGACUCGCACGCGUGUAUGUGUGCGUAGUGCGUGAUGCCUCCCUCGCGUUUCCACGCGGAUAUUUCCUCGAGGUGAAAAAAACGCUCCCACGAUACAGGAAUAAGACGAGUGUCUCGGAACUACGUCAGCUAUGCGCUUGCAGCACGCUUCCAAUGCACAUCUCGACAUUGACAGAAUUCUUGCACUUAUGCGAGGUUAUGGCACGCGAAUCUCGGAGCAGGAACGCAGUGCUCGUCUCCGAAUCGCGAAAACUCAAGGCCGUUCUGUAAUUUAUAUAGCUUUUGCAUCUGAAUAAUGCGCAUCCGAUUCCAUUAUCAUUCGUGCAUGACAGUGUCUUUCGCCUCGCCUCCCUCGCGCAAUUCCACGAUUAAUCAACAGCCGCCUACAAUCGGCUCGCGACAAUCGAUCAACGACAAUUAUCGACGACAAUACUACGGCACGAUGACCGUUCCAUUAAUUCGCAACAUGAUGACGCUGUCGUGGUUAUUCGAAAAACGCUGUCACGGCGUCGUCGCGUGAAUCCCCGAGGAUGCAGCAAGCGAGCGUAGGUGGUUGCGACUCCGGCGCGACGAGUCCUCCAGAGAGAUCGCCGGCUAGUUUCGCCAUCAAGAGCGAACCCAUCGUAGACAGAAACGACGGUGUGAGGAUUAAGAUCGAGAUGCCCGAGCCCACGGAGGCCGGCGUCGAGGUGAAAGGCGAGCCCCGGGAGGAUUAUCAGCGGCAGCCGAGCAACGAUAAUUAUCGCUACAACGACAAGAAGCCGGGAUACGUCCCGGACGUUCUCGGACAGUGUCAGCCACCGGGAUAUCGUCCCGUAGGACUUCCCAACUCUUUCGGUUUUCCUCCCUUCUACGGGCAUCACCAUCCAGCAGCAUCCAUGAUGCCGACGGCGUCGUCGUCAUUCCCGACCGGACGUCCUUCCCCGGACGGGCCGAUCGGUAAAAUCGCCGACGGUCACGAGCAGACCGUGUCGCACAUCGAACGGCACGCCGCUUACGGCAGGAUGCCGCCGAUCCCUAACGACGGCUUCCUGCAGGAGCAUCAUCACCGCUUCGACGCCGGCGAUUUUCAACACGCCAACGCCGGAGUGCCGUAUCCGGGCUUCCGGCCCACCUUGCGCUCGUCGUACGGCAAUCAUCAUCAUCAUCAUCACCACCAUCAUCAUCAGAACAACAGCGCAUAUAACAGAAGCGGCCACUAUCAUCCUAGGCAGCGUAAGUGGAGCAGCACUGCGUUCCGAGGACUGCACCCGCCGAUGCCGUGGCCUACGGGGUUUUUCCGCCCAGACCUUCCGCUUGGCACGCCACUAACGACGAGUCACGUUCCAAAUUCGAGUAACGUUUCUACUUUGUCGUCUGUACCAUCUCGUACACAUCUGGACGCUUCGAAAGGGCCGGAGCUUCCUUCCAAUAGCAACAAAGUCCAUGGACAGACGCCAACGAUAUGCACAUCAAUCCGUUGUACGAUUAAUGGCUGCUCCUGCGAGUCCUUCACACCCGGUAAACGUCAUCUGCGUUACUGCGAUAACUGUCAUCAUGGCUGGGUGCCUCACGCGCUGGCGCGACUGUCAAGCAUCCACCACCAACAACAGCAGCAGCAGCAGCAGCAGCAGCAGCAGACUCAACAGCGGCUCGGCGGUGGCGGUACUGGUAGUGGGGAUGUCGUCUCCGGCCCUCGUUCCACUGGUAGGGAGGAUAAAAGCGUCGUAGGGAGGGUGAAGUACCCGGCAUCGGCGACGACGACGACGACAACAACGACGACGGAGACGACGACGACGCCACCGACGACGACGACGAUACUUGCGGAUGGUAGCACAGGAGGUGGAGGAGGGGUAGGCGGCGGCGGCGGCGGCGGCGGCGGCGGUGGUGGUGGUGGUGGUAGUGGUGGCAGUGACAGUGCUAGUGGUGGCAACGGAACUCCUGGUGGGGACCGUAACAGCGGCGGUGGUAGUGGAGGUGGUUGUGCCGGUGGUGGUGGUGAAGUCGCGGAGAAGGAGGAGAGGCCACCGGCUUCAGAGACUGUCGAGCCGACGGCCGCGUUUGACGUCGCAUCUCUCGUGCUCUACGGCUCGCGCGCACUGCCGAUACGCCUUAAGAUCUUGCUCGAUCAGUUGUUCAACCAGUUGCCCCCCGCGCAAGUGACACGUAUCCUAGCUGCCUUCGGUUGGACCCACGAGGAUUAUACGCGAGGAUACAUACUGCAGGACUCGCAAAACGGCCCGGUGCUGGACCGAUGGAGUAUCUGCUCGGCUGAGGAGGAGCCGCUGGUUCUACAGCAGUUCCUCAGGUUCGCCGAGACGCGUCCGUUUGUGCAGCAACUGCUGCUGGCCGCCGGAACGCCAGGUACGGAUGCUAUGUCACCGAGCAGACGACCUUCGCCGCCGACGAUGCCACUAGCACACUUGCCGCCCCCGUUGCAUAUGCUACAUUGCGGGCUACCGCCACCGGGUUCCCGGUUGCCGCCCCCGCUACCACCGCCCCCGCCUCCGCCACCGUCGUCGAUUUCGCAUUCCUCGAUGUCGCCCACGGCGCAGAAGCAUUAUUCGUCAUCGGCGAAUCCAAUCGGCUGUAUCACCAGUAGAGCGAAUUCACCCCCGCGUUCUCUGGAUUCGCACUUAACGGUAUCGCCGUUGAAUCGAUUGCAGAGCAUGCAACCGUUCGACUUCCGGAAACUGGGCACCCUCGGGCUGCCGGCGUUUCCGCCGUUGCCGCCGCCGCCACCGUCCGCGGAGCAGCUCCUGCAGAAUCGGAAGUCCAUGAGGAAUCAACAGAGCCCUCACAGUCCGCCCCAUCAUUCGUCGUCGCAACUGCAGAGGCCACACAUGCCAGUCGCGCCAGUCUCCUCGUCGGCGUUGACCUUUGGCCAUCCGCUCUCGGUAGCCGUCUCCUCUGGCGCGCUACCCCCGAGCUUUCCGACGCACUUCCCACCACCACCAAUAGGCAAAUCUCCCGGCGGAAUCGGUGCCGGGUUAACUGUACCCGCGGAUGUGCAUAGCAGUGGCGAGAAGAGCAGUGAGUUUGGCUCGGAAGAGGACGACGAUGACGAGGAGAACUCGGACAGCGCGCUGAACCUGAGUAGACGAGACUCCGCUUUGUCGAAGCACGCAAUUUCUUCCGAGCAACGGCAUCCGUCGUUAUCCCUUCAGGGCGCGCCGUUGGGUAGGCCAUCCGGUAUACCUGGCAGGAAGCCACACUCGCCGGGCAAACGGCCAAGCAGCCAGUGGAGCGCUGCCGCGAACUUACCGCCAAACCUUGGUACGCCUUUCAUCAAUCCUACCACUGGCAAAAAACGCGUGCAGUGCAACGUCUGCCUUAAGACUUUCUGCGACAAGGGCGCAUUGAAGAUCCACUUUAGCGCGGUGCACUUGCGAGAGAUGCACCAGUGCACUGUCAAGGGUUGCAGCAUGAUGUUUAGCUCGCGCAGAUCGCGCAAUCGGCACAGCGCCAAUCCAAAUCCGAAACUGCACUCGCCGCAUCUACGUCGCAAGAUCUCGCCGCACGACGGCCGCUCUUCCAUGGCGCACGCCCUAGUGUUGCCACCCCAGGUUGGACUCCCCGUACCAGCCACCGGAUUGAAUCAUCUACCGUUCGGCACGUUCCCGUUGCUCACACCGCCACCGGAUCUCCGUUCACCGGCCUCGUUAUGCGCGCUGGACUUCAAACACUUGGACCUAUCGUCUACGCAGGCGAGCCAAGGCAGACCGUACGAUGAGGCGCUGCAGCAGCAGAGAAUGUCGGUGAACGCGAGUCUGUCGACUACCACCACGGCUUCGACGACAAUACCAGUGGCGAUGUCGAGCGCGGCGCUUACCACGACCACGACAUCAGUGCGAGGUUCGUAUCCUAGUGGCGGCGCAGUUUCACCGUCCACUCAGGCAUCGUCCAUGAUACCGGAAGGCGAAGAAGAUGAUGAUGACGACGACGGCGGUAUCGUCGUAGUCGCGGAAGAUGAGACUAGUAAUCUGCCAUCCAGAUUGCAGCCGCUUCGUACCGACGAUGAAGAGCAACCAGCUGACUUCAGUCUGGCGAAGCGACCAAAACUCUAUUUUGGCGACACUGCCGAUGAAGAUCUCGUCAGCAAUCCGGAUAGCAAUGAGGACAACGACUCGAUGGGCACGGUCGAUCAGCAAUCUUUCUCCGUGAACCAACACUUGCUCAACUCGAGUUCCUUCCACAACCGGGGCGUGCGCAAGAGGAAGUCCCAGCAUCCAACGAGAUGUGCCGUGCCGGUAGAAGUGCAUUCCUCAUCCACGGAUGGUGACUCCUCCAAUGACGAGGAGCAGCGAAUUCAACGGCGUUGUCUGUCAGACAGCGUUGUUGCGCCGGCACCGAUGGCGGAGUUUCAGAAUCAACCAGAAGACAUGUCGAUGUCCAGGCUCGAAGCGGAAGAACGGAAAAUACUUCCCAGCUCACCGAGAAAUCUCAGAGGCGGUUUGCAUGAAUCAGAUUCGCACUCUCCGGAUGCCGCCAAUAAAGAGCGCGAGACAACAGUGUCCGCCAAUAAUCGGCGCGACACUCUCUCUUCUCAGGACAAUGCGGAGGAUCUACUUCAGGACGAGCCACGAGAUUUGAGUUCUAGAGCGAGCAGCAUCAAAUCGCCUAAACGACAGAUCACUCCGGAACCAAAGAUCGAUAAUACACCGUCGAACACAAUGCCGAGCGGGGCGACGACAACGACAACGACAACUUCAGUGGCUGCGGUGAAGAGUUCUGACGCCACGUCGUCUGAGCAGAAAGAUCGACAGCAGAGCGCGGAGAGCGAUGAAACGAAGGCGAAAGAGGAGGCGAUCACGAAGAAAGAACCUACCGAGACAUCCGCGCAGGAGGAGAAGAAAGCAGUGAACGAGAUGGGGCACCAAGAGGACGAGCAAGACGACGAUGAUGAGCCCAUGGAGGAGAUCGAGGAAGAUGAUGAAUUGGAGGAGGAGGAGGAUGCGGACGACGCGCUGCGCAAUCAAGAAGGUGAGCGUCCCGAUGAUCCCCCCCGUGCCCCGAGCUCGGUCGACAGCCGUCCGACGACAGCCGACGACCUCUCCCACGACUCCUCGAUCAACACUUUGCGUCAACUCGAGUCCUUGUCGCAGGGUCGAUGCGCGAUGCCGUACGCCGAGACGCAGCGGGUGGCUUCGAGGUCUGGCCGCGGCUCUACCAGCCCUAUCAGCCUCAUGAUCCACCAGGAGACCACCAUGGACAACUCCUCACAUGGCUCUCGUUCAUCCAGCGCCUCACCCUCCACAGCGGCCAUGGAUACGGACAAUAGCCUGAUCACGUACGCGCGUUACGAGAAUGGCGGCUUUGUCAGCACCCAGGAGGUGCCGCUCGACCGCGAGAAUCCGCGCCGUUGCACGGCUUGCGGCAAAGUCUUUCAGAAUCACUUUGGAGUUAAGACCCAUUAUCAAAAUGUUCAUCUCAAACUGAUGCACCGCUGCAGCGUAGACGGCUGUAACGCGGCCUUCCCCUCGAAACGAUCUCGCGAUCGCCAUUCGGCGAAUCUCAACUUGCACCGGAAACUGUUGUCGACCUCGUCGAGUCCACCACUCUCGUCCAGCCUGCCGCCGAGUCUAUCACCGCGUGUCGACGAUCCGCAGAUGAACCCGUUGCUGCAUAAUGAGUUCCUGGCGAGACUUUACGCCGAUGCCAGCAUAGGCGCCUUGGGUGCAUAUCCCUUAGCACCUAGUUUGCCGUCCGCAGUCGAUCUGGCGGCUAGAAUACCACCGCCGCAUCCGCUGCUGCUGCCACCGCAUCUCGGCGCCACCUUCCCGGGCCUUUCUUCGUUUGCAUCUCACCUGGCCGGUCUGAACGGCCUCACUCAUCAGCACUUGAACCAUCUAACGAGAUUGACUCAAGAACAGGGCAACAGGCAUGUAUCUGCCUCGCCCAUGUCUUCGCCAGGCUUAGACGAUCGUAAAGAGGAAGCUAGGUGCACCAUACCCGGCUGCGAGCGUGUCUUUGGCUCCAGGGCUGUGCGGGAUGCGCAUUCCAGGGAUCCCCAGGCCCACCGCGAUUUGCCGAUCCUAUCCACCAGCAGCGGCUCGUGACCGAUCUCGUUCUGCAGUCGCGGACAAGAUUAUUAUUCCCUACUGUGAUGCCAAAAUCCUAACGGCGAUUUGAUCCAAUCGAUCGAUCACCGAUGAUCUCGUUUUUACGUAGGGUCGGCAGACGAUGCGGUCCUCACGAACGUUGCCCUUAUUUAAAACGUUUAACGGACAUGCAUAAUAACGUGCAAUAUCGAGCGGAAUGCGAACGGGAUGAUCGACUAUCACGUGACUGAUACGAGGUAGUCCCCGUUAAUCAAGGUCGUCGAAGAUCUGCCCAUGGAGCCAGUUCCGACGUGGUAAUAUCUGCCUGCCAUUUUUCAGAUUCUUUCGUCAGGAUAUUUGUUGGGCUGAUCUAGUCAAUCUGGAAAUUUUAUUUCACGCAUUAUCAGAGAUGAUAAAGUAAAAAUCGUGCACUGAAUCGCUGCUCUCGUUUGAUUAAUCGACAAUAUUGUGCAAAAUACUUUAAUGAUUUGACAAUAUCAAAUUGUGAAUUGAAUAAUAAUGCAUACAUCACUAUAUUUAAAGCUUCUCUGGCAUUCUAAAUAAAAUUGGAUGAUUUUAAUUUAAAAGAGCACAAAAUUUGAAGCUAUAAAUAUUCUACUUAUAAUCAAGAGAGAGUUUGAUAUUUAUUUAUAGAAUGAAAUUUUUAUUUAUAUUUUAUAUAUACUCUAUAUAGAAAAUUUGUACAAAAUAUAUGUAUGCAAAAUUUACAUG